AUGAGAGCAUUUCAGAAGUUUGGGUAUCUGUCGGCUGUCAUCAGGGCUGCCCUCUUCACUGAGUUUCUGCUGAUGAGUGUGAGAGGAGAUGGAGCAGAUUCUGAAGAGAAACUAGACAUUAAGUAUGCUUUGAUCGGAGCUGGGAUCGGUCUAUUUUUAGCUGCUGUUUUGCUUCUCGUCAAGUUCUGCAUCAUCAGGAAGCAUGUGUGGGAUAACAGCACAGAUGGCAGCAUGAAGCGACCUUCAACGCCAGAGCCUCACGUGCUUGCUCUGAGCCAUCUCACCCAAUCAGAGGAUCUGGUGUCACCUCGCCCAGUGACGAGCAGUGUUGAAGGUCAGGCAGAGUGAUCUGUAGGAUAAUGUGAACCCUUCAAAAGUGGCAUCUGGGCGAAAGCACAACCAAGCACAAAUAUCCACCACAGAACUG